UAUUUUGAAAUUCUCGAGGCGGAAGUGCAUGUAGUCGUUCAUGGCGGCGGAACACAGGCUCCGCUCUUUAACACGAAUGACAGCGGGCUGAAAACGGAUUAGACACGCUCCUGUAACAACAGAGACUGUCGUCGGCUCGUUGUGAAAGCCUCGCUGUGCACUCAGACAGUAAUUCGCACCUCGCUCCUUCUCUUCGGUUGGAGCCCAGUGCAACAGUCUCCGUCGCCAACUGCACCAGAGGGACCCAAUUCAUAUUUGGAUCCGUAGCUGGUGCUGUGACAGCUCUUCGAUUGGCUCAGAUCGAGAUUCAGACGCAGAUUGCUCUCCAGCAGCUAGCCACUCUAGCAACCAUAACUGUUGGCAACCAGUGUCACAACAACGGGUUUGCAGCAGCAACUUUACCGCCUCACCUGGCUCUCCUGAGUCUUCUCAGUAGACAGAAGGUGUCAGCCAGCAAAACUUACAGAACACAACCGUGUCUCUCUGCUGCCAUGUACCACCAUCACUCCCAACAACAGGGCUCGCAGCCCUUCUCGAACGGGCCCAGGCCGCCUCAUCAUCAGCCGCCUCCAAAUCAACAUCAGAAUCGCCCCAGUUCAGAAAUGCUAUCGCAAGUGAUGGGUUACCAGUUUCCUCGUCCCACCCAGCUCCCUGAUGAACUAGAGUCUGCCCUGGCUAUCCGUGGUGCAAGGGACAUGGAUCACCGCCUCAUUGACCACAUGAACCACAGACCAAACCAGCACCAGAACCAAAACUCAGGUUCUGGGAUCAGUCAACAUGGAAGCUACAGCUCUAACCCAAUACCACUCAACUCUGAUAAUCAGCCUGUACACCAGCAAGGAGUAGACUGGUCAAGUUAUCAACCACCAACUAAACUGUUUGCCACUCCUCCACCUAGUGCUAGCCACCAGCCCCAACGACACCAGGGGCCUCAGCAGCAGCAGCAGCAGCAGCAGCCCCCGAGCAGCCACACUGGAACAAACAUGCCAAGCUGGACCGCUCCUGUAAGUGACUCACCAUCUCCCCAAGCCCGGCACCCCAAUGCUGGUGGCGUGGAUGGUCAGGGUUUGUACACACCAGAGAGUGCGGGUAGUAUCUUGGCUAGCUUUGGACUUUCAAAUGAGGACUUAGAAGUGCUGAGUCACUACCCUGAUGAUCAGCUAACCCCAGACACUUUACCAUUCAUACUCCGUGACAUCCAAAUCAACAAGUCAGGCACCCAGAAAACUGCGGCUCCCAAUUCCUCCUCUUCAUUCUCACGCGUCGUCCAUGACCUGCCGCUGCCGCCUACCAGUUCUUCACCAUUGGCACGUUCAAACUCCCCAGAAGUGCCCAGCCUUCUUACUGUUACACAGACAGCAGGUAAAGUCAUUGACUAUGGUCAUGCCAGUCGGGCAAAGGAUGACCGUAGUACAAGAGAAACUUUCAAAAGGGAGCAGCUCUCCAGUGAAAGGACAGUUAAAAUGUUCCCAUCUUCGUCAUCCUCUUCAUUGGCUCCAAAAGCAGAUAAAGCUGAAAGGCGGCAGGUUCGUUUGGAACACGCCGAAUCAACCAAGCAUGGAGACCGGGACUAUCGCAGGACAAUUUGCAAGAGCAGUCGGUCACCUGGGAGAGAAUUUCCACCAUCAUCCAAAUCUCGUAACCUCGACCGAGACUACAGGCGUGACGGACCCAAACCUAGGCCCUCGUCUGAAACCAGGAGUGAGGCUUCCUCGAGACGAUCUCUUUCCUCUUCGUCUGGCUCAAAACCACACAGCAACAGCAAGAAGUUACCUACCCCGACCAUGAUAAGUGAUUUCUCAGCUGUGUCUCCAAAGGUGUAUCCCCACACCUGCUCCUUGUGCCACACACAGUGUGAUCAGGAAAAGGACUGGGUUGACCAUAUUAACACCGUCAACCACACCGCUGCCUGCAGAGACCUGCGUAACAAGUAUCCUGACUGGAAACCAAAUCUACCAAGUCGGAGUGGACGGUACGGUAGCCGGGCUCUGUGGGAUCCCAAGGAUCACUCUCCAUCCGAUUCUGUGUCUCGCUCCCUCUCUCACUCUCCUCCGCCGAGUCCUCCUCACAGCAAACACAGAUUGGGCUCCCAUCCCCACAGUCGGCAUGGGAGGUCUCACUAUCACCGUCACCACCACCCACCCUAUACAGGAGGUUCCUCUCGCAGUGCUGUGAAGCGUCCACAUGAUGAUUCAGCCAGCCCACAUCCAUCCUCCUCCAAGGCGGGUCACAGCUCCAAACAUGGAUCCUCACAGACCUCCACCAAAUCUUUCAAGAACGCAGCGAAGCCUGGAAUCAAGACAACGAAGACGGGAAGUGCCAAGGCCGUUGACACAUCUGCCAAAUCUCCUUCAGCCAAGAAGAAGAAGAAAACGGCGACUCCUGGCUCCCAGGACUCUUCUGUCGCAGAUCGUCUGGUUUAUCUGACAGGCAUCCCGAAGGACGCAUCGGAGCAAGAAGUUACCGGCUUGGUCGGGUCCUUUGGCAAGAUCAACAAUGUAAUCCUGAUGCCGUGCUCCGAGGAAGAGAGCGAGAAGGGCGAAGGGCAGAAGGUGCAUUAUGCAAGAAAUUUGAUUCCAGAGAAUUAUUUACAGGCCUCUGUGUGCAUGGUGAAGGCUGAAGACGCUCAGGCUCUGGCUAACUCCACAGAUCUGUCCAUCAGAGAGCAGCAGAUCACUGCUUUAACAGCCAAGAAAGCUGAAGUGGGGCAGUGUUCUGAUGCUAACAGCAGACCGGCUCCAGGACAGGACAGAGGCGCUGCUGCAGACGACUCAGUCACCGCAGCAGGAGGUGAGGCUGACCAGAAGCCUUCUGAUGAGAAGAGCAUGCUGUUGAUCACUGGACUUCCUGAGAGUGGCUGGUCAGAGAGUGACAUCAUCAAGCUGGUCCAACCCUUUGGAACUCCCUCUGACAUCAUCCUGGCAACACAUAUUGGAAAGGUACUGGUGACUGUGCCCAACAUGGAGAUCGCUCAAGAGAUGAUGAAAGUUCACUCGUUCAGCCCGAUGAACAUCAACGACACUGAGCUGAAGAUGACUCAUCUCAAACAGUGUGUCUGCCUCAAUGCGCCGGUGGCUCUCUACAAUCUUCUGAUGGGAUCAGUGGACCUAUUAGAGAGUUCUGUUUCAGUUGGUUGGAGCAGCUUGUUGGUCAUCAGUAAUGUUCCCAGCACGCCAUCCAGCUCCUCGGAGGUUGAGAAACUGGUGCGCCGCUUUGGUACCGUCAUCAAGACUCUGGUGCUCAACAGUAUGGUCAUUUGUGAAAUGGCGACUGCAGCCAUGGCUCUGUCUGUUUACAAACGCUUCCAGACAUUCCCGUGCAUCAUCCAGAACAACCCUCUGUUCUUCUCCCGUAAGCCGGACCCCAAAGCUAACACACAGACCAGAGUCAUCAGUGCAUAUGUUGAUCCAUCUGAGGACACAUCUGCAAAUGGCAAAGGCCAGACAACAGCAGCCGCAGAGGAAGAGGCUACAGCACAUAAAGAGGGCUCUGAAUGUCUGGUGGAAGGAACAGAGAAAGAUGUCGAUGGGAAGGAUGACAAAAUGAAGACCACAGAGGAGACGUUUGGUGAAGACGAAGCUUUGGGAGAAAACGAGAGCAAGGACAGGUUUAGUAAUGUUGUGUCUGACUCUUUGGCUGCACCGGUGACUAAGCCAGAAACAGACCCAGAGACUGACACUGUUGGAUCAACUGUUGGAAAUGUCAUGGAGACAGCAGAAGAGAAGGAAGACGUCACUGCAUCCAAAUCAGGGAAUGACGAGACUCCUGCUGGUGAAGCGACAGGAGGAUCCACCUCUGAUGGCCAUGCAGCUUCACUGGAGACAGCCAUGCCAGAACUCCCAAAGGUUACUCAGGAGAUGGUGAACGCACUGCUCGUGGAGUGUCGAACAAGAACCGCCAGCCAUCCCAACAAUACAUCAGCUUCCACCAACGGAGAGCAGGGACGAACACAAACUGAGACAGAGCAGGGCAAGGAAGCAGCAGAGGAGACAAAAGAGGUGGCCAAGAACCACACACAGGAGGAGGUGAAGAAGCAGGAGAAGGAGCGAAAAGAGAGGGAAGCAAGGAAGGAGAGAGAGAGGAAGGACAGGGAGAGGAGGGUCUGGGAGAAGGAGGAGAGGUCCAGGAAGGAGAGGGAGAGGGAGGAAAGAGCCAGGAGAGAGAGAGAGAAGAGGGAGGAGGAAAGAAGGGAGUGGGAGAGGAGGGAAAGGGAGAGAAGGGAGAGGAAGAGAUCUCAUGGUGAGAGGUCGUCUGGCAGGAUGGAGGGAAACAAGCAGAGCGUCAGGAGGGAUGGACAUAACUCUAAAACGGUGGUGGAGGAGGAAGAUGAUGAUGACUUCCCCUUCAACCUGAGUGACUUUGUGACCGUAGAUGAAGUGGGAGAUGUUAAUGACCUUCCUACUUCUCCUUCUCCCACCGUUCCCAUAGAAACCAUGGGAGAAGGGGAGGAUGCUUCAGCGGACGUGUGUGACGUGACCAUGGAAGUUACCACGGAAACAAAACAGUCAGAAGCUGCAGAGACUCUGAAGUCUGAUGAGAACACAUCAGAGUCUGAACCUGUUACUGUGCUGACAGCCGAGACCUCGGACAGUUUGGUGUCCUCAGAUUUGACACCCGCUGCAGCAUCUCCCUCUCCGGCUCCACAGUCUGCCUCGUCCCCCAGCACACAAACUCACGAACCAGAAUCACCUGACACAGAAACUCCACAGACAGCCACUCUGAACUCCACCACACAGCAUGAACCUGUGCCCACACCUGCAGCUUCAGCUGCCCCAACUGACUCCUCCUCAAACACACCAGCCAUGAGGGAAGUGACUGCAAAGAAAGAGGAAGAUGAGAAAGAGGAGAAAAAUCACAGCCGGGCUAAGGAGGAGGAGAUGGUGGAGGUGUCAGACAAAACAGAGGAGACGCAGGGUGAAAAGGAGAAAGAGACGAGCGCUCCCGCUGUGGAACCAGGAAAGAACGAGAAGUCUGAAACUCAAACCAUCACUGAAGAGGAGAGUGUGGCGAAGAAACUAAAGACAGAAACACCCACAAGUGGAGACACCCUGCCUCCGUUUGACCCCAGCAACCCUGUUGGUCUGGAGUUCUUGGUCCCGAAGACGGGUUUCUUCUGCAAGGUGUGUAAUAGGUUCUUCAGUGGAACCAAAGAGGCAGAGAUCAACCACUGCAAAACCCUCAAACACUACCAGAACCUUCAGAAAUAUCUGCAAACCACGAAAACAACCAAACCAGAGUCCAGCUGAAUAUGACGAUGAACUGUUGACUGGAUUUACUCCUCACUUUGUCUCCUUAUGUCUCAUUCAGGGUCCACAUUCUCACAUCACUGUAGAUUAGUGUCAUGUCAUGUCCUGUCUCCAUUUCAAUAUAUGCUGUUCAUUUAUUAUUAUUUUUUUGUUCAUGUAAAAUUCAGAGAAACAAGUGGAAAGUGUGUACAGUGGAAGCAUCAUGAAGUGUGUAGUCAAUAAAAUGUUUUACUAAAUUGUCUGUGAACAUUUUACAACAACAA